AAACCAUAUAAUGUACUGCCUUUGGUCGGACUUUUGCCCAAACGACAAAACCCCAGUGUCCAAUUACAAUUUCCAGGUUAGCGUUUUUUACUUCGCGUUGGAGACAGGACUUGGUUGACAUAUGUUAUUUAGCUGCUAACAAUGGCUAACUGUAUGGUUUUUCACACUCAAAUAGCCUCCGUCAUGGAGGUACUGGCGAAUGCAGCCGUGUCAGAGAUCUGUAAACUCGUAGACGACGACUAUGCAGUGUUUCGUUUGGAAAUAACUCAAAGCCAGAAAGAAAACAGGACAUUGCGGAGGAAACUACAGCUACUUGAACUGAAGGUGGCACGGGAGCGCGCAGAGAGGACAAUGCGAGAGCGCGUCCUCGCCAGUCGUCCUAGAAGUGUCAAGAUCCUCGACCGAAACAGAGGAAUGGCAAGAGGUGAAGGACAUCUCACUGGAGGCCACAGGAGCUUUGUGAAGCCAGCGGGACACAAUAUAUGGAGAGACGACCAACCAAUCACGGUUGAUGAAGGGAGUGGAACCUCAACCCAGCACAUUAUCAUAAUAGAGUCUGCAGAUGCAGAGGCUGCAGGUCCUGGGGUCAAGCAGGAGAGGUCUGAAGGAGAGGAGGACCCCCAGAACAGCAGAGACAGCCAGACUGGAGCGCAGAGUAGUCCUGCUGUAGCCACAGAGGACCCCACCACCGCCCCAGCGCAGCCCAGCAGCAUCACGGAGGAGGAGGAGGGUCCAGAGGUGCUGCUGGUGAAGGAGGGAUGUGAAGAGGGUCUGGGGAACCCUGAGGGGACCAUGGUCAUGGAGGACAACCAGACUACACCUCCUCCUGAACCCACAGAGGAACCAGCUGAGCAGCAUAGGACCACACACAGUCUCACUGAGUCCGUAGACAUGGAGGAUGGGAAGCCUGAUCUUCUGCUGGUCAAAGAGGAGACAAUAGAAGACAGACCAGAGAGUAUUGAUCUGCUGAGUGGACUAAAGAUGGGGGAGCAAGGUAAUUGGCUGGAGGCUAACAGAGGAUACUGGGCGACCAUCUUGGAUUCCCAGACCCAGACGGGUGCAGCCAAGGGCCCGGGGGACAACAUCACUGAGCAGUCCAGGACCAGAGGCGACAUAGUGGAGAUCAGCGGAUGGGACAGCGUCCUCAACUCUGGGUUGGGGAACAACAGUGUUAACCACAACCAGAAACAGAUAGUCGAACAUAAAACAACAACCAAUCAUAUUAUCCAUGACAACAAACUGCCUGAGAACAGGGUGAGGAUUAGAUUUGGUCUACAGGGACAGGGAGGUGUCCCUAUGCGGCGGGAGAGAACAGACACAGACUCGGCUAGCGAUGCUCCAUCCUGCUCCUAUCGUUGUGAUUCAGAGACCCCUCAGGUUACCCCCCCAACAGGUGCAGCCUUCACCAUGCCUUCUAUAGGAUCUAUCAACUGGAACAUGGAGCCUGUGACAACACAGACACUCCCUGGCCUUCGUCCUCCUCACACUCUCCUAAUGUUAAACCAGACCUCAGACAAUGCCAGUGCCUCAAUACUAAAUGGAUACACAAGCCUAUUGACAAAUGACAGUAGUAGUAACGCUAUCAGCAGAUCCGGUGGCAAAGAGAAGCGCUUCCCAUGUUCGUUCUGUGGGAAAGUCUUCAGUUUCCCCAAACAGGUGGAGAUCCACCAGAGGAUGCACACGGGGGAGAAACCAUUCAGCUGCCACCUGUGCCGGGCCAGUUUCUCCCACUCGUCCAGCCUGAAGAGGCACCAGAGGGUCCACACAGGGGAGAGACCCUACAGCUGCCCCCAGUGUGAGAAGAGGUUCUCCCACCAGCACCAGCUGAAGAGGCACCUGAAGGUCCACACGGGAGAGAGGCCAUUUGCCUGUUAUCACUGCGGGAAGAGGUUCUCAGAGAAGAGAUACCUCAGUAUACACCAGCAGAAAAUGCACACGGCCCAUGUAUAGUGACAUACAGUGCUAUGAAAAAGUAUUUGCCCCCUUUC